CCCAACCACAACCACCGAAGAAAAUGGAGGAAACGCAUCGACACGGCGCCUCGGUGCCCCUCACGCAUCUCCCUCCUCACUCCCACAUCUCUCACGAUACCUCAAUCGCCUACAAUGCCGCCACGACCACCGCCCUGGAGCCAUCCGCGCCGCACCGCCGCAUCAGUAUCGGCAGCGACGAGGAAAGCCAGCCGCCCCCGCGCUACACGCUGGAGAACGACCCGUUCCAACUGGCCUCCAAACUGAAAACCCCGGAGGAGAUCGAUCAGAUCCAACCGCAAGCCAACAUGGCCCGCAAGCGCGAUUCCGUCCAGCAGCGGACCUCCUGCCUCCCCUCGGCCAGCCUUGGCGGCGGCGGCGGCGGCGGCGGCGGCGUCCAGCGCGCGCUGGCCUCCCGCCAACUGCAGGGGUUCUACCAGACGCAGAACGAGAACAUCGAGCGCAUGCUCAAGCCGGUGGAGGAGCACGUGCGGGACGCGCGCGAGACGAACAGCAGCAACCAGCUGAAAUACAAGAUCGCGGUGUACGGCAGCUUCGCGGCGAACGUGAUCCUGUGCGUGCUGCAGCUGUACGGGGCGAUCUCGUCGGCGUCGCUCUCGCUGUUCACGACGAUGGCGGACGCGAUCUUCGACCCGAUGUCCAACCUGACCCUGCUGCUGUCGAACAAGGCCGUCAACCGCGUCGACGCCCGCAAGUUCCCCGCCGGCAAGGCCCGCAUCGAGACCGCCGGCAACAUCUGCUUCUGCUUCCUCAUGUCGGCCGUCUCCUUCAUCCUCAUCGCCUUCUCCGUGCGCGAGCUCGCCGAGGGCUCCGAGAGCGAGACCGGCUCCUUCCACCUGCCGUCCGUCGUCGCCGUCAUCGUCGCCUUCUGCACCAAGUUCGCCCUCUUCCUGUACUGCUUCGCCCUCAAGGACCAGUACUCGCAGGUCCGCAUCCUGUGGGAGGACCACCGCAACGACCUGUUCAUCAACGGCUUCGGGAUCCUGACUUCCGUCGGCGGCAGUAAGCUGCGCUGGUGGAUCGAUCCCGCCGGCGCGAUCCUGCUGUCCGUGCUCGUGGCCGCGCUGUGGCUGCAUACCGCCUACCAUGAGUUCCAGCUCUUGAUCGGCGUCACGGCUGAUACCAAGAUGCAGCAGCUGAUCACUUAUAUCUGUGAGUUUCUCUGUCUUCCCCUGUCUUGUUGGAUCGGGAACUGCGUCCCAGUAGUCAGUAUCUCUCUCUGGUGUCGGUUCUAACCAAUCCCCGCCAAAGCAAUGACCCACUCCCCCCUCAUCACCGCCAUCGACACCGUCCGCGCCUACACCUCCGGCCCCCGCUUGGUCGUCGAGGUCGACAUCGUCAUGGACCCCGACGACUCCCUGCGCGCCACCCACGACGUCGCGGAGGAGCUGCAGACCAAACUCGAGUCCCUGCCGGACGUGGAGCGCGCCUACGUCCACGUGGACUACGAGACCACGCACAAGCCGGAGCAUUUCUUGAAGAAGGAGCUUUAGGCUUGGUACCGUUACAGCGGUGAUCGGAUCUGAAUAAACACCUUUGACGAAGCACGUCUCAUUGAUAGGGUAGGGGGAUCGGUGGAUUGGUACGAUGCUACACCAGGCAUCGCUGGUGGUAUACUGUAUAUGUGGUGCCUAUUACAUCUUCCUCAUAAAAAUAGCUUAAUAUAGAAUUUGACCACAA